UCUCCUCACCCUGUAAGGCCAGGAGAAAUCUCCCUGGCGGUGGCCCAGCCUUGGCAACCAGCAGAUGCCAGAUACAGUCGUGCUAAUUGUCCUUGAACUGGGAACAAAUGCGCAUUCACGGUGUAAAUUGUUGCCAGCAGGUCUCCCAACGCCCCUACACCUGUUUCAGAUCUGUCACACGAGGCUGUCAUAUUUUUCCUUUUAAAGAGGCGGAUAAUUUGCUGAUCACGUAACUGGAGACAUCAUUGCAUUGGCAGGACUCUGCAAGAACCUCUAUAAUUUGGUGACACCCACUCCUCAGGGCAGAGCAAAGGGUGACACUGCUUGGGAAGUGCUGGUGCUAGAUCAAGGCAGGGAAGGAGCAUAUAAGCCAAGCGACAUCCCACAGCUGCUCCCAGAGAAUGGACUUCACACUCAGAAGGAAAGACGUCUGGGUUGUAGGCAGCGUGUGCCUUCUCUCGUCUUCAGUUCUCUGGCGCUUGAUCCGGCUCAUGAUGACCCGGGGAGGCCACUGCCAGGCUCCUGCUCUUGAGGACGUGCAGGCAAAGGAGAAGCUGUGGUCAAACGCUGGCCUGGCAGAAAGGAUGCCCGUCAAAAGCAAAAGGACAUCAGCCCUUGCAGUUGAUGUCCCGGCCCCUCCUGCCCCAUUUGAUCAUCGUAUUGUGACAGCCAAGCAAGCAGCGGUCAACAGCUUCUAUACUGUGAGCAAGACAGAAAUCUUAGGAGGAGGGCGUUUCGGCCAGGUUCACAAGUGUGAGGAGACGGCCACAGGUCUGAAGCUGGCAGCCAAAAUCAUCAAGACCAGAGGCAUGAAGGACAAGGAGGAGGUGAAGAAUGAGAUUAGCGUCAUGAACCAGCUGGACCACGCGAACCUCAUCCAGCUCUACGAUGCCUUUGAGUCUAAGGAUGACAUUGUCCUGGUCAUGGAGUAUGUGGAUGGUGGGGAGCUGUUUGACCGCAUCAUUGACGAGAACUACAAUUUGACGGAGCUUGAUACCAUCCUGUUCAUGAAGCAAAUAUGUGAGGGGAUAAGGCACAUGCAUCAGAUGUACAUUCUUCACUUGGACCUGAAGCCUGAGAAUAUCCUGUGUGUGAAUCGGGAUGCUAAGCAAAUAAAAAUUAUUGAUUUUGGAUUGGCCAGAAGAUACAAACCCAGAGAGAAGCUGAAGGUGAACUUUGGAACCCCAGAAUUUCUCGCCCCUGAAGUUGUAAACUAUGAUUUUGUUUCCUUUCCGACAGACAUGUGGAGUGUGGGGGUCAUCGCCUAUAUGCUACUUAGCGGUUUGUCCCCUUUCCUGGGUGACAAUGAUGCUGAGACGCUGAACAACAUCCUGGCCUGCAGGUGGGACAUGGAGGAUGAAGAAUUUCAGGACAUCUCAGAUGAGGCCAAGGAGUUCAUCUCCAAGCUUCUGAUUAAGGAGAAGAGUUGGCGAAUCAGUGCAAGCGAAGCUCUCAAGCACCCCUGGUUGUCAGACCACAAGCUCCACUCCAGACUCAAUGCCCAGAAGAAGAAGAAUCGUGGCUCUGAUGUCCAGGACUUUGUGACCAUAUAGUCUACCGGAGACACCCAUUUGAAAGGAAAACUGCUGCGGUUGCUGCUGCUUUGAGAAAAUUUUUGGAAAAAUCAGCAGUUCUGAUGCCUUGACCCCUAUGAUGACUGGUAGUCUUAACAGGGGAGCCCUUGACCCUGAAAUUGAACUUGAACUUGAACUGGAGCCUUUGCUGCGCACAGAGGAACAUCCCGCGCUGGGGUCCCGUCCCAGGGCGCAAACGCAUCCCUGCAUGGGGGGUCGUGAUGUUGGGAAGAUGUUUUCCUGCCAUCUUGAGAUUUUUUUACUUGUUUUUUAAAUUUUUUGAUCUUAGUCACUGGGGCAGGGGGUGCAUUAUGUUUGCUAUUUCUCAUAUUACUACAGCUAUCACACUUGAGAUUUAUUGGAGAUUUUAAAACUGGAGAAUGCAUUGAGGGGAAGAAAACUUCUUUUAGCCAUUAGACAAUGCCUUUCAAAGAGGCAAUUUGAUGACCAGAUAGAAUUCUAAGUCCAGUGCACCCUUGAACACUUAGUUUCUCAGACUCUAUUGUUUUGGUUUGCUCUGAGGUCACAUGACUACAAUGGGUAAAUAAUUUUCUUGCUGGAACAGAAGCCAUCUCUGAAUUCUCAAACAAGAGGCAUCAGCCACUGUGUGUUUCAUUUAUUCUGAAGUGUCCCCCACGCACGUUUUCUUCCAAGUAGCUGAUUCUGUUUUCACAUCUGUACUUCCUGGAGCCUUCUGACUGACAGUUCAUCCCCACAAAACAAAUUAGUUUUGAGAGGUGAUGCAGAAAGUGUAUGUUUAUGGUUGGACUUUGAAAUUCCAACCUUUGGAAUAAUGUGAACAGUCGCAAAGAGCUUUCCUCAAGCCCCAGUUGUCAACGAAAAGAGACGGGUCUGCACCUUCUGGAGAAAGACAGUGCUGAGCUCCCAAUGUUGAAGUGACUUGGGAAAUAACAUUCAAGCUUCUGGGUAAACACAAACACUGACAAAGAUCAAGUGCAGCCUCUGGCCCAUGCAGUCUCGCGGGACUCAGUGGUGAUGAAGAAAUCACAGUCGCACACCAGAGGUGAGGGCAAAUCUGCUAGGUCACCUGCUGGAUGUGAGAUUGUUGGAAUGUUCCAGUCGGAAGGUUCCUAUGCCUAGCCCAUGUGCCAUUUCAUGGCAGAUACGUAAGAAGGGAAAUGGGCCCUACUGUAGAUGGCUUAUGGGAUCUUGAAAUGAACUGGGCUUUAAAGAGUGAAAAACGAGUGUGUCAUUUCCACAGGAAGGAGAGGCAAGGAAAAGCCCCACAAAAUUCCCAUUACCCGCUUAACUCCAAGCUCACCGCCCAGCUUCAUGAGCUUUCCUCACAUUUUCCAUUUCCAAAUAACUGUUGUGUUGACAUCGGCUGUGUUAAUGCCUCUGUUUUUAUCCAACCGUCCUUCUGGGCUACUGUGGUCACAGUAGCAAUGAAAGGUUUAAGAAUUACUUGGUGGCCUCAGCAGGGAGGGCAGAUUCACUUUGCAUCAGCUUUCGCCCAUUAUCUCUCAGAUCCACCUAAGGAAUCCUUACAGCAUGCCAUGAAUAUGUGCAACAUCUUUAGUCUCAUAUUUAAGGUAAGGAGAAGUAGAGAUAGAAGGAAAUGUGUGAUUUGGUGAAGGCCACAUGCAAAUUUUGUGGUCGUGCUAGUUACAAAACUGACUCCUUUCUAGCCUUUGCUCUUACAUUAGGAUGCAUUUCUUUCCCUCCUUUGCUCCUGCAUUUAUCCAAGGUUGGUUUCUUAUGUUCCUAUUAUGUGACUAUGCUUAAAAUGUUUAGUUCCCUUAAAACAUGCACACACACACACACACACACACACGCACACACACACAGCCCUGUGACUGAAGUGUUAUAUUACUGUGCUAUCUUUAGCUGAUGCUAUUCAUUGAGUCUGGAAAAACACAAGCCAGUGCAUGCAUUAAUAUUCAGUCAGACCACAGAGAGCUGGCCUCCACUCAAAUGCUAAACAGGACACGAGGGUCUGAUUUGAAGCCCCUUGUGGAAGGGCGUUUUCUGUCCUGUGGUGUGGAUUCUCUACCAAAUCGAGCAUGAGGCCUUUUGCACGAUGUGCAAUUUGCAUCCACCUUCCCUUCUGACUCACACUGGCAGAUCUCAGACCCUGCCACACAUGGAAGAGACAGCUCAGGUCAAAUGCAGGCAUGCUUUCUUUGCCAAGUGAAUCCACUGAUGACCCUGCAGUGAGUGGGUGUGAGUUUUGUUUUGUUUUGAGGUUUAGAAAGGAGACUCUACUUUCAAAAUGGGUCUUGUUUGAUUCUGUAGUUAAAUUUCAACAUUUGGAAUGGGAAGGCAUCUCCAUGCCAGCAGGGUGCCUUUUAUAUGAGUGCUGAGGGUAGUUUGCAUUGCAGAGUUGAUGAUUACAGUCUAGAGUUACUUGAAAUGAGAGAUUAUCAGUCUAGUGUUCAUCCUGCCCACCCCCACCUCCAUGCCUUUGUGUGGCUGCUCCAGCGAGCACUGGUAACUAGGUAGAUUGCUGCUCUAAUGGGAAAAGGGGGCUUUGCAAAGCCGAGGAAUCAAGCCAGAUGUGAGCAUGGACUCAAAGAAGCUUGAGUCUGGCUAGACCAGGGCUAUGGAGAUCAAUUUUUCCAACAGGUCAUUAGGAUUUGGGAGGCUGUAUUUCUCCUCCACCCUCUUAAUGGAUGCUAUGGCUUUGCUCACUCACUAGGCAGUUCCCAGUUUCUUUAGCAAAUGGAGGAAAUGAAGCACUGAUGUGGCACUUCCCACUGCCUGGAGAGAAAUAAAACUCGCAAGUUAUUAAGAGGAGGCAUGCCACAUUGGUAUCUGGAAGAUACUAACACUUACCCAGAAUCUAAUGCUAUUUAAAAAUCAGGGGGGCAUAUAUCCCCAUUUGUUACAGUGGAAAUUUUGGAAGACUCUCACCUGAACUAACUUGGGGAAAUAAUUUCUAGGUUGAUGUUGGUAACACUCAUGUCUGUUGAGUGCCAUAAGUUUGUUUUCAGUUAUUUUGUCUGACUUGUUAUUAAUUUGCUUUCUUUCCUCAAAAAUGUAAGUAGGCAUGUUGCCAUUGUUGCGGCUUGCUUUGAGGUGAGUAUGUUUGCAAAGAUGUGUGAAUGCUUACUUUUUAUCCAUUUUAUGGAAAUUAGCUAGAAUUUUUUUUUUAAGAAUCAAAAUAUGGAUUUGAUACCUAGGAACAGAAUCAGCUCUUUAUUUCAUUCCUUUUUCGUUCCUUCUGCUUCCUCUGCCCCUCCCCCAGCCACCCAGCACGGGGUGCCAGUGAGCAUGUGUGUACUGGGUUAGUUUGUGCUGGGGGCCAAAUGACAGAACCCUGGUUGAAAAUCCACUUGUAAAAGUGCAAUUGAAAGGCAGCCUCAGGCCCCUGGAGUGCUGUGGUCCUGGGACUUGGUUCUUUCCUGUCCCUUGGCCGUCCUGUCGUCUCUGUGAGCUGCAUCGUCACCAGGGUCCACUUCCCAGGAUCCACAAAGCUUCCCCUUGCUUUUGCACUGUGUUUUACAUUUUUUUUACUUCUUUCCUUUUUCUUAAGUUAGAAUCAAAGUUUGUCUUCUCAUACAUCACCAUGCUCCCUGAAAACCUUUUUGAGAUUAAGACAUUUUCUUACCAGAAGGCAAAUUUCCAUCUGUCCUAAAGGGAAGUGGGUUACUGGAUUUAUUAGAUGUUGGGUUUCUGGAUUAAUUUGCCUUCCUUACAUAGCUUGGAGUCUGCAGUUUCUCAAUUAGAAGCGUUCUAUGUUUCUUUUUGCUCCGUUUUAGUGGGCUGUGCUUUGUAUAAGUGGUCUUUCUAUGGGCAGUUUCACCUUCCGUGAAGGCUUAUAACUCAACCACUGCUACUCAUUUAGAAAAGCAGAAAGCACCUGCUAUGUGAGCGUUCAUAUGUGGCCUAAUGUGUGUUUUGCUGUCAUCUCAGCUGAUAGAUGUGUCAGUCUUUCUGACUAGGUUUACUGGUGUUGGUAAGAAAUAAAAAAAGAAUUCAUAAUGUGGUGAUUGUGUCUACGAUGUCUAUUUUAAAUUUCCAAACUCAGUUUCAUUUGGCUGUUUUUCUUUGCUUUAUAAAGAUGUGUAACAGUCAUGUAUAUGUAUUAUAUUGAAGAAUAAACAUGGACCUUAUUUAUCUUUUGA